AUGGAAGCAUUGAGGAGAUUGGCUUCGGAAAAGCCGGUGGUGAUCUUCAGCAAGAGUAACUGCUGUAUUUCCCAUUCCAUUUCGAUGCUAAUUUCUAGUUUCGGCGCGAAUCCGAUGGUUUACAACCUUGAUGAACAUCCAGAAGGUAGGCAAGUUGAGAAUGCAUUGCUUGCAUUAGGAUGCAAUCCGACCGUACCUGCGGUUUUCAUCGGGAAACUGUUUGUUGGGGGCGCCAAUGAGGUUAUGAGCCUUAAUGUUCAAGGGAAGUUGAAGCCAUUACUCAUUGAUGCUAGGGCUAUUUGGAUGUGA